CACUUUAUUAUUUAUUAACAAAGAAAAAAAAAGAUACAUCUACUUAAAUAUACAUCUACUUUGCGUCACCACACAACAACGUUGCCCAUUAACCCACACGGUAAUUGGGUUGAAUCUUGAUCAUGGAAUCCAACAACUUUACAAGAUCACCGAAGCUACUUGACUUGUCUAAACGAUUUCGUCAAUCGAAGUCUGUUUCCCCUCUUCCAGAUGACCCCUCAAUUGGUCAAUCCAACGAAUCCGAAAGAUCCACAAGACCCAACCGAGCUGCAGUUCUGAUAUGUCUAUUCGAGGAAGGAGAUGAUAUCUGUGUUAUUUUAACCCAACGAUCAUCCAAGCUGUCGUCUCACUCUGGGGAAGUGUCGUUGCCUGGAGGUAGAACGGACGAAGAGGAUACAGAUGAUAUUCGAACCGCAUUGAGGGAGGCUGAGGAGGAAAUUGGAUUGGAUCCUGCCCUUGUGGAUGUUGUCACUGUUCUUGAACCAUUUGUAACCAAGAAGAAUGUUACAGUAGUUCCAGUGAUGGGUAUACUAUGGGAUAAACAAGCAUUUAAUCCGCUUCCAAAUGUUGGAGAAGUGGAAUCCAUAUUCUAUGCUCCUUUAGAAAUGUUUCUCAAGGAUGAAAACAACAGACGACAUGAAGAGAGAGAACAUGGGGGAGACAAAUAUUGGCUUCAAUAUUUUUAUUAUGAAACAAAUAACAGGGUGUAUGUGAUAUGGGCUCUAACUGCCGGAAUCUUGAUAGCUGCCUCCUCCCUCGUUUUCCGGCGACCACCGGAUUUUCAAGACAUGCCGCCUAAAUUCUGGCACAAAACCACUGCAAGUUCCAAUGUUCCUUGAAUCAUUGGGCCAAAAUAUAAAAAAAUGUAACACAAGUCGAAUCAAAGAUGAAAUUGUAGUGUUAUCAUAGAUAAAAUUGUAAGUUUAUUUGUAUCAAAUAAUUAAGAGAUGCCGUGUCCACAAAAUGUUAACAUUGAAACUUUUUACCCGGUAAAUUACACUCUAUCAAAAGAAACUUUUAAUGUUA